AAUAUUGUAUUUACAGAACAUUUAGAAUAAUGGAUGACAACCAAAGUGGAGACUUAACGUUACAAGAGUUCACUAAUGGUAUGAAAGAUAUUGGACUCGAUAUGAGCGACGAUGAGAUCAAUGAAAUGUUCAGACAAUUCGAUAGGGAUGGCAACGGAACCGUCAAAUACGAUGAGUUCUUGAGAGCCGUCAGACCUCCGAUGAGUAAGACUCGUCUGAAUCUGAUUGAAAUGGCGUUCAAGAAAUUGGAUAAAACAGGCGAUGGUAUCGUAAAUCUCGACGACUUGAACGGGGUUUACAAUAUCAGAAGUCAUCCGGAGUAUCAAAAUGGACAGAAGACUGAGAAAGAACUGCUCGAAGGCUUUCUCAAGAAGUUUGAAGAGGGAGGUUCUGUGGACGGACAGUUAACUAAAGAUGAGUUCAUAGACUACUACUCAGGAGUGAGCGCUUCUAUCGAUGAAGACAUAUAUUUUGAUCUAAUGAUGAGACAUGAUGCCUUCAUCGACGGCUUGUAUUGCGGGCGAGAGAACUGUUACGACGUGCUGGGCGUGACUCGUGAGUCGACUCGCGAUGAGAUAUCCCGUGAGUACCGGAAGUUGGCGCGCAAGUGGCACCCGGAUGUGCACAGGGGUGAUGAGGCCAAAGAGGUGGCCACUGAACGCUUCCGACAGGUGGCCAACGCUUACGAGGUGUUGAAGGAUGAGGACAGCCGUAAAGACUACGACUAUAUGAUCGACAAUCCGGACGAGAUGUACGCCCAUUACUACCGCUACUACCGGCGCAUGUAUGCGCCCAAAGUGGACGUCCGCAUCGUGAUUGUGGUGACCAUUAGUGUCAUCUCUGGCUUUCAAUACUAUGCAAUGCACUCGAGAUAUAAAGACGCCAUCGAUUACUUCCUAACGGUUCCUAAAUAUAAACUCAAAGCACAAGAGAUCGCCAAAAGUGAGGGAUUUUUAGGCAAUUCUGCGGCCAAUCGCAAGAAGAAUCGCCUCCGAAGUAAGGAUGAGAUCAGAAUAGAAGAAGAGAACAUCUUAAGGAAGAUUAUCGAAGAAAAGAUGGACAUAAAGGGCGGGUAUUCGAAGCCCUCGUACCGACACGUACUGUGGGUUCAGUUGGCAUUCCUCCCGUACACCACUGUCCUGUACAUCAUUUGGUACUUCCGGUGGAUCUGGAGAUUCAAUUUCAACAAAGAGGAGUUCGGCGAC